AUGCUCGUACAAAUUGUUGCUCAAUUAUGUGGAUGGUCAAAUGUCGAUUCAAAAUCAGUUGGUUAUGAUCGUCUGGGAUUAUUAUUAGAACAAGAAGAAUACGAAAAAGUAGCUGCACUGUAUAUAUUUCAAAUGAAUGUUAAUCGAGCAUUAGAAGUACUUAAUGAGGGUCUUCAACGAGGUGGAAAAGAAGAAUUGGCAACAUUAAUACUUGCAUUAGUUGGUUCGAUUCGAGCGACGUCAACAAAUAAUGAUGAUAAAACAAUAAUCAAUGAAUUUUCAUCAGUAACCAAAUUAUUUCAUCGACCUUAUAUUCGAGCUAUGUUUGGAUUUAUUCUUAUACAAGAUGGAAAUGAUCUUCAAUAUGAAUGUGUUCUUGAUGAACAAUUAGAUCUUAAUGAUAAAGUUGCAUUUGCUGCUCGAUAUUUAAAUGAUCAACGUCUUUAUGAUAAAUUAGAUAAAUUAGCUGAGGAAAGUCGCGAAAAAGGAGAUCUACAAGGAAUUCUUCUUACUGGAUUAAGACAAAAUGGAUGUGAACUUAUACAGAAAUAUCUUGAUCAAACAAGUGAUAUUCGUACAGCUGCAUUACUUGCUAUUUAUGUUCCAGAAGAUGUACAUCAAGAAUGUCCUUAUGUUCAAGAAUGGAUUGAAGGAUUUCGACUUCUUCUUGAUGAACUUCAAAUGUGGAAUGAACGUGCUGAAUUUGAUAUAUAUCGUAGUCAUGUAACAGGUACAACGCCAUAUCGUCGACAUUAUUUUGAUCGUUCAAUAAAUACAAAUCCGCAUUUUUCAUGUAUUUUUUGUCAAACACCACUUGAGGUUAAUCAAGGAACACCAAGUCAAACUCCAACAAUAAUUGGAUUAUCAACAAAUACAAAUACAACACCUACACCAACAACACCAUUGAAAGUUCAAAGUCGAGUAUCACAACAAACAAUGACAACUAGAUCAUCUACAUCAUCUUCAUCUGCUUAUCCACCACCAAAUUCUGAUAUGUUGAUGGUAUGCGCCAAAUGUCGUCAAGUCUUACCACGUUGUUCAAUUUGUAUGAUGAGUUUAACAACAUACAUUGAAGAUGCAUCUUAUGCAUAUGAACCAUUACUUGAUAAACAUACAUUAAUGUCAAGUCAAUGGUUUACAUGGUGUCGUUUAUGUCGUCAUGGUGGUCAUGCUGAACAUGUUUCGAAUUGGUUUGCAAUGAAUCAACAAUGUCCUAUUGCCAAAUGUUUAUGUCGAUGUACGUUGAUUGAUGGUAUCUUUUGUUGA